AUGUGCGAUUCUGAAAAUAGUAAGAAACCUUCCCAGUGUUGUCAAAAAAUAAUUAAUUUUUGCUUUUUCAUAUAAAUGUUUUUUCUCUUGGUGCGAUGUUUUGAAAACGUUGCCCAUUCAAAACUCAUUCACAACUUUUCUAUUUGGCUUUUAAGUGUUACUCCAAAAUAUUUUGGUGCUGGCUGAAGCUAUGUGUUUGUGCAACGGCCACACAAUGUUGCUGCUUUACAAAAGCUUCACACGAUCGCGAAUCCAUAUUUGAUCGGGGUGGCCAUCGUCUGCCAGCAAACGGCACGGUGCAGAAAAAAUGUUUACAAAGUUUGCUUGCAUAAGCAGAUUGUUGCGGCUACCGGCCCCGCGACCGUCGCCCAGAAGCUAUUUUAUCUCGCCAAGGGCACGUAGUGUUUGAGCUCUUUCUUCUGUUGGAAAAUAAGCUUGACGGCAUCCCGAAUUGUGUAGCGUGCCGCUGGUCAGUCGUGCAUCGCAGUUUUCCCCAGCAAGUGUAAGAUGGCGUUCGUUAGUGGUACAUUUUUGUGGAAAGUUUCGCUAACACUGGCCACCUUGGCAGCUGUGUUGGAUUUGCAAACGAAUGGCGCUAGUGCACUAAGGUGUCAUCAUUGCGGCUGGGACACGUGCGGAUCGCACGAGGAGCUGGUCGAGUGCAACCUGGAGCGUGUCAACCAAGUGCACGGCAAUCUGCAGCGGCUGGUGAAUUUGACGCAGUUCUCCGAGCUGCCCAACCUCGGCGAGUUUGCGUGUUUUGAGCUGCGGCUUACGAACGCGCACGGAAACCGAUCCGGAACGGUCAAAAGCUGCACCGUACAGUCCGCUGGAAUGUGUGAGCUAACCGACUGGAAGUCGGUUAAGGUGGUCGGCUGCAGCACGUGUAAUGAUCGAGACUUUUGCAACGGGUUCAACACACUGCUGCCGGCAAAGGUGGACAAAGGCGCCGGGUUCUCCUUUUCCAUGUACAAAACGGCGUCAGCGGCGUUCGUGCCGCAGCCACGCGUUUGGUGUACCGCAGUAACGGUGUUUCUUGUAGCUUUGUUUUGCCGACUUCCGUCGACGUCAUUGUAGUUUAUAUCAUGUGUAUUUUGGGUCGAUCGAUUCUUACGAAUAAAUCAGUGUUUAUUAGUUUUAA